UCCCUCAAACCAAACAGGUAUACAUGAGAUCUAAUGCUAACCUGGUAGAUAAUAAAUAAAAUAAUUCUUGCAACCAACAAAGGGAAGAUUCCCUCAAACCAAACAGGCACAUGAGAUCUAAUCCCAACCCCUAUAUAUGACACCCAACUCCACUCUCUAACCUUCAUUGCCUCAAACACCACAAACCAUUUUCCAAGUACCCAUUUCUCACAAUGUCUCAAUUCCUUCUUGUUUGCUUGAUCUUAGCAAAUGCUUUUGUGCUGAAUGUAGCAUCAUCUUUCCCAAACCCUCCAUAUCCGAGCCCACGAAAGCUCGGAAACCACCAUAUUAAUGUUGUGUUGUCCUCUGUUGCACCAAGUUUGAGCCCAUCCAGAGCACCUGAAAGUGAAGCUGUGAACUCGGUGAAAGAGGUCAGUGCAUCGGAUCAAGUGACGCGGUUCAUCCCGGGGCAGCAAGUUCGGAUAGAAAAACAGCACCGUUCGAUUGAUAGGUCAGUCGCCGGAGGUGGUGUGAUUCUUGGGGGCCUUGCCACCACUUUCUUGGUGGCUGUUUUUUGUUACAUCAGGGCAACUAGGAAGAAAAAUGCAGAGCCUGAAGCCUAAAAGUAGUGUUCUUUUUUUCAUAUGUGAAUACAUGUAUAGAAUUGAGAGUAGAACAUGAUUUUGCUAGCAUCAUUCUAAAAAGAAAAAUAAAAUAAAAUUGGAAAUGAGAAUUCAUUGUUCAUUGACAUAAAGUGGCUGAUUGAAUCAAUAAUUUUAGUGAUCGAAAUGGUUUGGUGGGAAAUGUACCUAUUCAAAUAGGAAAAUGUUAGGGACACUAUCUGGACCUUUUCCUCAAGUGACACGACCAAUAAAUUAGUGAGCAGCCAUUGGGCGCCA